AUGGCUCGUCUCAACGAGGUUCCUGCUUCCGCCUCGACAGAGAGCUUAGAAUCUUUGAAGCGCAAGUUUAUGCGGCAAAAUCGUGAUAUCGCCCGAACCAAUUCCUCCCAAUCUUUACGAAUUCGAAACCUUGAAAAUGAAGUAUCGAAGUUACUUGCCGACAAUCUUGCUCUUCGAGGACAAAUACUUCAUCUUCAAUGUGAGCUUGACAACGGAAAUGCCCAACGAACAGCAGCGUACGCAAUACACAUCAAAUCAGAGCUUGAAGCCAAACUACAAGAGAUCGGUACAUUACUUGGCGGAUUGGGUGAAGCACCAAAGACUGUCAAUAGAUCAUUGAAACAGGGUAAACUCGCACGAGCCAGUCUUGGAACAAGUCCAGAGGCAAAAAACUGGAAGAACAUGUGCACCUUGAGUGAAGCGAUGGCUGCUCAAGAAGGCAGGCUGCCACCAAUUUUGGAGAACAAGCAGUACCCCCGGAAAACACUCGAGCAACAAGAGCUCAAAGAACUGAUUUCCAAUUCCGAAACUACACCGGAAAAUACGGAGUCGCCAGAUAUUGGGCCUCCGCCAAUAUCACAGUUCGUUGACGAAGAUCCCGUAAAGAUUGACCUGCCACGGAGGCAGCAACCAGUCAGCUUGGAGAACGAGGACGAUGCCGGUCCCGCAUUUUCUUUCAACUUGGAGCAGAGGCGAAAGCGGAGGGAGAGCGGCGGCAUAAGUGAGCAGAGUGAAGAAGAUAAUCACAAGGCUUCGACAGAGCCAGCCCCGGAAGUCAAAGAGUCGCUCAAAGCUGGAGCGAAGAGGAAACUCAGCGUGAGGGAAGAUGACGACAACAUUAAUGUCACAGCAUGCGUGGGCAGCUCUUCCGAUGGUUUCAAAUUCAGUCGUGCUGUGAGCGACCAGAAGAUUAACGACACAAAUGCUAGUCAAUCAGCGGUAACUAAAAGCAAGACAAUUCGGGAACUUGCCGUUGCAAGAGGAGUUAGUCGAGAGAAGAGAUCUACCACACCAGUGAAUUCGACAAGAAAGGUGUUAGGCCCAAAGAGUGUUAACAAUUCCCCUAAGAAAGCUACAAGAGGGCCUGUGAAGGACGAGAUCAAGUCCGCCAAAGCGAAUGUUCAGAUUCCUACUAUAGGAAAAGACAACUCCAGAGAGGCAACUCAGCGAGCUAUUGUAGUUGAACCAAAACCCGAAAGAAUUACCGAUCCAAUAGAGGUUCAUCUAGAACCGGAGACGCCAGCAGCUGUAGACAUUUUCUCCCCUUCUUCCUCUCAACCGUCGACAGCAAGGGAUGCAGAAAGUCGAGAUACUCCACCACCUCCGGAACUCAAAUCUGGAACAGAAGGCAUACGGCCAAGCCGGAGGGCUCGAGGUGCCAUCAGUUAUGCGGAGCCCAGUUUAAGGGACAAGAUGAGACGACCAACAAAGGCCUUUGCGGAUGCUGUUGAUAAAGAUGGCAAGAUCGUACACGCGCCAACUAUAAAACAUGAAGAUGGCCAUGGGGUUUCCUUCACGAUCAAGACAGAGGCGGAAGACGAGGAUGCUUGGAAAAGUAUGCCAUCAGCUUCCAGAGAUACAAUUGAGAACAGCCCACUGAGAGCAAAAGCCAACCAAAGCGACUUGUUGCCAAGUAGUAUCACUACACAUCGAAAGCGGCGAGAAUCUAUUUUACAACAACCCCCAUUGAACGAGGGGAAAACUUCAUCUGAAAAUGCCAUUUCGGCAUUGGUGGCAGAACAAAGGAAAGCCAAAGCUUUCGCAAGGGAAAAGGCCCUUGAUCAUGAAAGUCCUAGCUUAGCGGCGAGCAUGGAAAACUUAUCCAUGAACGGAUCUUCCGGUUCCUCCCCAAAUGAUUUACCUGCAUCCUUUCUAGUCAACGAUGCGAAAACCAAAUCGCGUCCCACAAGGCGACAAUCUUAUGUGCCGCGAGACUUGACAGUUAAUGAUGAUGGCGACGCUUCUGAUAUCGAAACAACGAAGCGAAGGCAAGUCACGAUUAGUCGCCGAAGACAAUCUCAUUUGGAUCAACAGGGAAGCACAAUUCCAAAUGGUGAGAGACUGAGUGCCCUCAAGAAAUCCAGCAGUUCCCAGGAUAUGGUAAAUGCGAACUUAGGUGAUGCCAGAAGUGAUAGGAUAUCAGCAAGAAGGAGGAGUAUGAUGUUAUGA